CGGGAGGCCCAGCGACCCCCCACCCGGCCGGUUGCAGGAGAGGACCCCCGCCCCCCGAGCCAGGACUGGACGUGGGGAGGGGGGGCCGAGAGUGGACAUGAAAGCGGCCCGGAAAAGCUUGUGUCAGGAGGCUCCCGCCAUGUCGGACAGUGACCCCGGGGAGGACGAAGGCCUCUCUUCGCUGGAUUUCUCCCAGGCCAGCAAGAGGAAGAGGAGAGGGAACCUGCCCAAGGAGUCGGUGAAGAUCCUAAGAGACUGGCUCUACGAGCACCGCUUCAACGCCUACCCCUCGGAGCAGGAGAAACUGAGCCUCUCGGGGCAGACCAACCUGUCCGUGCUGCAGAUCUGCAACUGGUUCAUCAAUGCCCGGCGCCGGCUCCUCCCGGACAUGCUGAGGAAGGACGGCAAAGACCCGAAUCAGUUCACCAUCUCCCGCCGCGGGGGCAAGGCGGCGGACGUGCCCCCGGCCCGGGGGGCCGGCCCCGGCCCGCUGGCGGGGCCGCCGCCCCUCGGCCUCCCCGCCAAGGGGCCUCCGGGGCCGUGAGCCCGCCGGCGCCCGGCCUGUCCGGGCCCCACGGCCGACCGGGAGCCCCCCAGGCUCCCCGGCGGCCCGGCCGGCACGCUCGCCCUGCUGGCCAGGGCCGAGGCGGGCAGCCCCACCAGCGGACUCUUCAACACGCCCCCUCCCACGCCCCCGGAGCUCUGCGGCGAGGACUUCAGCGGCUUCCAGCUGCUGGUCGAAGUGGCCCUGCAGAAAGCGGCCGAGCUGGAGUCCCAGAAGCAGAAGACCCCGCCGGCCCCCGCGGCUUUGCACACGGACAGCCCCCUGCCUGCCGCAGGCCCCCAGUAGGUCGGGCCGGGGCCGCGGGCCGGCGGGCUCCCGCGGGGCGACCUCGCUUCCUCCGACGCGUGGCCGGCAUUCUUCCUUUUGGGGGGUUUCUGGGCGGGCCCCCCACCAGCCUCCGCCUGGGUUGAUUUGACCGAGGGGGGUCCGGGAAGGCUCCUUGGGGGUUUUGCCGUGUCCCGGGCACCUCUUCCUCCUGGACCGGCCCCGGCGGGGGUCAGGGUAGACCAGGAAAGCCGAGGCUCCGUCUGAGAGCCUGGUUCGUCUCCCCCAGCAGAGCAGGCCUCGGGGGCCGAGACCCGGGCCUCACACUCGUGUCCCUUCCUAGUUCUGGGCCCCAUGGAGGGCCUCUCCCUCUUUUAGCUUUCUAGUCUCCUGCCGUCAGGUCCAACACCCUCCAUCUUCCCGUUUACAGGCGUGUUUCCUGAGCUGACCCUGGAGACUCCCCUCAGCUCAGAGGUGUGGGAUGUGGGGGGCCGCCCGCACCUAUCCACCCCCUCCCCCCAAAUAGUGUCCCCAUCCGCCCUGCUCACCUGUCUCCCUUAGUUGACGGUUGUCCUGCUGUCCCCUGGAUCAGAUUGGUGACCAAAACGGAUCCAACCGAGUCGGGGAAGAGCCGGGGGCCAAACUGGGGGGCCGACCCCAGCUUUGCUUCUCAGGCCUCUGGGGGAUUUCUCUGCCACCAGGGAGAUCUGGGGCUGGAAGACACAAUUCUUAGGCGUUUUGUCAAAAAAAGUCAAUUCCCCGAACCUCCUCUUUGGGUCUUCCCUUUGUCCCUGCAGCCCGGGCUGAGGGAGAGAGCCCGGAGGAGCCUUGACUUAAAACUGGCACUGGGGCUGGGAUGAAGAGAGGCAGGCUGGCAGUUGGGUGGAGGUGACCCACAUUCUAGGGAUGAUGACGCCAUCUCAGGGCUGCAGGACUAUCGAUUUUUAGUUUUUUUUUGGUUUUUUUUAGCUUUGAAAAUCCCUACCCAUGUGGCAUCGCAUUGUGAGUGGGAAAUUAUUCAGGAAGCCAGGACUGGAGUUAAACUAGCAACAUGCAGACCAAAACUUACUUGGGACAGG